GAAGUUGCACUCGUGGAUCUGGUUAGCGGAAAAACAAUGGCGAGCAGUAUCGGCAAACACAAGAUUUUAAAUGUGGGACCCACAGAGCCCUGGUCGGUCAGAGAGAAACUGUGCCUGGCCUCAUCUGUGCUGAGGAGUGGAGACCAGAACUGGGUGUCUGUGAGCAGGGCUAUCAAGCCGUUCUCAGAGUCUGGACGUCCACCUGACUGGUUCUCCCAGAAGCACUGUGCCUCACAAUAUUCUGAACUGCUCGAAGCGACAGAAGCACCUAAGCGAAAACGUGGUGAGAAGGGCGAGGUGGUGGAGACAAUAGAAGAUGUCAUCGUUCGUAGGUUGACAACUGAGAGGAUAGAGGAGCUGAAAAAACUACUGCGAGACACUCAAGAGCAGUACAGGAAACUGAAGAAGGAGGUGGAUCUGAUCCAAGCAGGUCAUAUGGAUUCACAGCUCAAGGAUCUGUGGGCAGAGAUCACACUAAAGAAGAAACAGGAAGAGGAGGAAGCAGAACAGAAGAGGAAAGCCACAGAGGCUGCAUAUCAAGCACGUCAAGCUGUGAAAAACGCACCAAAGCGCCUCCCCAGUGUAACUGCACGCUCUCACCUCGGGGCCAGCCCCCCUAACCUGGACUCUCAGGCCGACUCUUUGGUCUUCACUCCUCCUAUGGAUACAGAAGGAGUCGCCUCUGAUGAGACCACCAUCCACUCAAUUGCUCAGGGGGUCGGGGUGUUCCUGCCGGCAGCGGACCCUCUAGGUUCAGGGCCCAAAGAUGGAGGCCAGGCGGCUCUGGUUGAUGACUCGCCACAGAAGAGGAUCCUAACUCAGAAAACCACUCCGCCACCUUCACCUCUUUUAUCAGAACUUCUAAAGAAAGGAAACCUGAUCUCAGCCAGUCCCCGCCUGGUUGCAGAUGGAGACAUCACAGGAAGUUUAACCAACGGUGUUCAGACUGCCACUGCAGCUACCGUCUUACCAUCAGGUCACAGCCUCAUCACAGAGGCUGAAGCAGAAGCUGCAGUGAAGGUGGAGCUCGCUGAGGAGGCAGGGCUAGUAGAAGAAGACCUGGUGGCCGUGUCUUACAUGGGGGAUGAGUUGGAUCUGGAGACGGUGGGAGACAUCAUUGCCAUCAUAGAGGACAAGGUUGACCCUGUGGAGGCUUUGGAUGCAGCUGCUGUGGAAGCUGCGCUCUCCCUCUGUGAAGAGGCUGUUUCAGAAGGCCACACCCUUCCCGGCCCCUGGGAGACCCAAGAACUGAAGCCGUCAGACCCCACACCCAUUGUCCUAGACUCUAACCCCACACAGGAACCCCAAGAUGGGGCCACAGUGUUGGCCCCAACCUCUGAAAGCAUGGAGACACAAAAUCUGUUCGGUGCUAAAACAGAACAGAUUAAAAGAAGCAGUGAGGGACCUGAGGUGACAGGAAGUGAUGUAAACUCCUCUGUCGCCUCUGAUGACGGUGCAACAGGAAGUGAGAUUCCAGAGGGGGGAGCUGCCGUGAAGGAGGCUGCUGAAGCUACAGUAAAGAGUGAAGAAGAGGAGUGGGGCCAGCCUGAGUUUAACCCCCCCUGUCUUGACUCUGAGGACAGCUGUGUGUCUGGGAAAGAGUCCAAGGAGGUGAAGGAGGAGGAAGCAGGGAGUGAAGCUGACCCAGAGGAAGGGAUGGAGCUGAAGGAGGACUGUGUGGAGGGGGAGGGUUCCUAUCUGUCUGAGGUGGAGCGAGCAGCCAGUGAGAGCGAAGAUGGCUACGGCCCCCCUUCUCAGCGCUACACAGCUGAUUCACUGGCCAGCAGCCCAGCCUCGUCCUCCCAGCUCUCCACGUGUGGAGAGGACCAGGAGGCAGUUCAGGCUCAGAAGAUCUGGAAGAAAGCCAUCAUGCUGGUGUGGCGAGCUGCAGCCAACCACAGGUAUGCCAGUGUCUUCCUGCAGCCUGUGUCAGAUGACAUUGCCCCCGGUUAUCACAGCAUUGUGCACAGACCGAUGGACCUCUCAGCCUUAAAGAAGAACAUCGAGUCCGGUGUGAUCCGGACCACAGCGGAGUUCCAGCGUGACAUCAUGCUCAUGUUUCAGAACGCCAUCAUGUACAACUCGUCGGACCACGACGUGUACCACAUGGCGCUGGAGAUGCAGCGGGACGUCCUAGAGCACGUGCAGCAGUUCCUGGCCACCCAGCUCAUCAUGCAGACCUCAGAGAGCGCCAUCUCUGCCAAGAGCCUUCGUGGAAGGGAGGGAAACCGAAAGCCGGGGGAGCCGGCUGAGAAGGACAGUGUCCCAAUGGCCUCUCCUGCUUUCCUUCUCUCUCUUUUUGACGGAGGAACCCGGGGCCGCCGGAGUGCGAUGGAGGCCGACCUCAAAAUGAAGAAGUAGACUGAUGUCUUAGAGGAGACGAUGCUCAUGAAGGUGCAGACGGUGCUCGCUCUGGAUGUGUUCUGUCCGUCAGAUCACACCUGGACCAAGAGGUUCUCCAGGGUACAUCAUCAUCAUCAUUCUGCUGAGAAUAAACAAGAACUUUAUAUAUUUUUUAAAAUCACCAGCAAACUGUUCCAGUCCGGAUGAGUUCUGCUGGCUGGAUUUGUUCACGUCGAACCUUUUAUACUUUAGUACUCGUCUGUCUGUUGAGCGGCUCCUG